AGUAGAGCUAGUCGUCGUACUAGUGUAAAACCGUAACUCGUAUAAUUUUGUAAUAAAUCCCACAACACCGCCAUGCUGACGAUGCCAAGUUUGAGACAAAUGGCUCCGGAAUUUCACACGACUGCGGUCGUAGCCGGAGGUCUACGGGAUCUAUCUCUGAGCGACUUGCGUGGCAGAUAUGUGCUGCUGGUAUUCUAUCCGGCAGACUUUUCGUAUGUCUGCCCCACCGAGUUGCAGGCGUUCAGCGAUCGGGCUUUGGAGUUCCGCAACGUGGGCUGCGAGGUGAUGGCCUGCUCGACGGACAGCCACUUUGUGCACUGCGCCUGGAUAGCUCAGCCGCGCAAGAAGGGCGGCCUUGGGGAACUGGACAUACCCCUGCUGUCCGACAAGUCCAUGAAGAUAGCCAAGGACUAUGGCGUGCUGGAUGAGAAGACGGGCCUGGCCUUGCGGGCCACCUUCAUCAUCGAUCGCGAUGGUCUGGUGCGCCAGAUCACGGUCAACGACAAUGGCGUGGGUCGCAGUGUGGACGAGGCACUGCGUCUGGUCCAGGCAUUGCAGUUCAGCGAUGAGUUCGGUAUGGUCUGCCCUGUCAACUGGAAGAAAGGGACCAAGGGCAUGCAGCCGGACGAGUCCGGCAAGGAGGAGUAUUUCAAGAAUUCCACAUAAACAGAAACACAUAAACAAAGUCCUUAGAUAGAAAUGCCGUUCAGUUCAAUAAACCCCACCCAUAGCGAGUUUAAUAUCUUGGCACCCACACAA